AUGGCUACGAGAACGCAGUUUGAGAAUUCGAAUGAGGUGGGUGUCUUUUCCAAGCUGACCAACACAUACUGUCUGGUCACGAUUGGUGGGUCCGAGAACUUCUACUCGGCGUUCGAAGCCGAGCUGGGUGACGCUAUCCCCAUCGUGCACACAACUAUUGCCGGCACGCGGAUUGUGGGAAGAAUGACUGCGGGUAACAGACGGGGGCUGCUGGUUCCUACGCAGACCACGGACCAGGAAUUGCAACACCUCAGAAACAGUCUUCCAGACUCCGUAAAAAUCCAGAGAAUCGAGGAGCGCCUGUCUGCUCUGGGGAACGUUAUAUGCUGCAACGACUACGUCGCACUGGUGCACCCGGACAUCGACAACGAGACCGAGGAACUGAUCGCCGACGUGCUUGGCGUGGAAGUGUUCCGCCAGACGAUCUCCGGCAACGUGCUGGUGGGCUCAUACUGUGCACUAAGCAACCAGGGCGGCCUCGUUCACCCACAGACCACCAUACAGGACCAGGAGGAGUUGUCGUCUCUGCUACAGGUGCCACUGGUUGCGGGUACCAUCAACCGGGGCUCCAGUGUCGUGGGAGCGGGGAUGGUCGUCAACGACUACCUUGCCGUCACGGGGCUUGACACCACUGCUCCCGAGCUGAGCGUUAUCGAGUCCAUCUUCCGCCUACAGGACGCGAACCCAGACGCCAUUUCCGGUAAUCUGCGCGACACCCUGAUUGAGACGUAUUCUUGA